GUCACAGACCGACUGCUGUUGGCCGCGUUGAGCCGACCGGCCGCUCCGCUACCGGCGCAGCGCUGCACCCCCGGGCGCAUGUGGGCAAAGCGACGCGUCGCGCCACCGGCGAUCCGCCGUGCCUGAGAGGUGCCGGGGGGAGCGAAGAGCCGACACACGGAAACCCCGCAGGCUCACCUUUCCUCCCCCUAUACCCGCCCGCCCACGGGUUUCUGGACAGUUUUCCAUUAGUGGAGCUGCAGACCAACCUCGAACCGAGCCGAGGCGCGUCGCCGCUCCCCCUUGGCCGCCCCUGCCCCACGGCUUGCCGUCCCAGCCCGGUGAAGACGGAGCCGGAGUCGUCCUGAAAAGGAAACCGAAAGAUGGGCAACGCGACGUCCUGCUGCGUGUCGGCGAGCCCCAAGCUGCGGAGAAAGGCGCACUCCCGCCUGGAGCCGUACCAGCCCGACGCGGAGCUUAGCCGAGAGGACACGGGCUGCAACUUGCAGCACAUCAGCGACAGAGAGAAUAUCGACGAUCUGAAUAUGGAGUCCAACCCGUCGGACCACCCCCGAGCCAGCACCAUAUUCCUGAGUAAAUCUCAGACAGAUGUUGCCGUGGCGAACAAGAGAGUGCGGGAGAAGAGAAAGAGCCUCUACAUCAACCAUGUAUUAAACACCCACAUUGUUAUGUUCCAGAAGCAUCCAGGGCAGCUGCGGCGGAAAUACAGCUCCUGCUCCACCAUAUACUUAGACGAGAGCACUGUGAGCCAGCCCAACCUGAAGUAUACCAUUAAAUGUGUAGCCCUAGCAAUUUAUUACCACAUCAAAAAGAGAGAAACAGACGGACGAAUGUUGCUGGACAUUUUUGAUGAAAAGCUGCAUCCUCUAUCGAAAUCUGAAGUACCACUCGACUACGACAAACGUGACCCCGAACAGAAGCAGAUCUACCGCUUUGUCCGGACCCUGUUCAGUGCUGCUCAGCUAACGGCAGAAUGUGCCAUCGUCACGCUGGUGUACCUGGAGAGGCUGCUGACCUACGCUGAGAUCGACAUCUGCCCCGCCAACUGGAAGCGCAUCGUGCUGGGGGCCAUCCUGCUAGCCUCCAAGGUGUGGGACGACCAGGCCGUGUGGAACGUGGACUACUGCCAGAUCCUGAAGGACAUCCCCGUGGAGGACAUGAAUGAACUGGAACGGCAGUUCCUGGAGCUGCUCCAGUUCAACAUCAACGUGCCAUCCAGCGUCUACGCCAAGUACUACUUUGACCUGCGCUCGCUGUCCGAGGCCAACAGCCUGAGCUUGCCCCUGGAGCCACUGAGCCGGGACAAGGCACAGAAGCUGGAGGCUAUCUCUAGGCUCUGCGAUGACAAGUACAAGGACCUGCGAAAAGCCAACAAGAAGAGGUCUGUGAGCACAGACAAUGUGAACACAGCACGCUGGGCCCCCGCCAUAGUUUCCUAAUGGGGCGUGGCCACGUCAGGUCGCCACCCCCCCAUCUGGACUGCUUAGCCCAGCUUGCCGGUUCCACAGUGCCUCCCUUCACUGUGGCAUAGAAGACGCCCAGUUAAUUUUUUUUAUUGCUCUUGUCAUGGGUUAUUUUUAUUGUUUAUGUUGGAAAGCGCUCCAGCCUCUAGGGGGCAGUGUCACUAUAGUGCCGAUAUUCUCUUUGAUUUGCCAGAAUGUCAGCCAUGCAGCUAUGAGGACAGAAUUUCCCAGCAAGAGGAAAUUAAGUCAAACUAGCAAAUGGCCCAUGACUGAGGAAGAAGAUCAGCAGAAAAAGUCCCACUUGAUCAUCAGACUGUAAUGAGCUGUUUAAAUGAAACAUUAGGUAGCGCUGGCCAGUCCGUUUCAGUUGUGUAUGGAUUUAAUACUUAAUACGCCGAAAAUUCCAAAACCAAGCACAAGGACGGUUGUCCCAGGAUUAUUUUCAUCUUUUUCUUCAUAUUUUCAUACUUUUGGUGACUUACACUUUCUCCGCUCCAAACAGGGAAGAGAACAGGAGACAUGAUUCCUACAGCUGCUGAUUAUUACUCCACCGAAAAAGCCAACUUUCUACUUGACAGUCCAUUCCGGUUUUAGAGCAUCACCGUUUCUGCUGCUGAUUUAAAGAAGCAGACGUCUCUGCCCCCUAGGUGAUGGAUGCCAUCCUGAAGAUCAGGGGCCUCAGUAGCAAGAAAACUUUUCUGUAAAUUCUGUCAGUAUUAUUGUCAUUUUGCCUAUUCUUGGUGGAACGGGACAGAGCACCUGCGUGAUUUCCUGUCUAUCGUGCCACCUGCAUCGUUUACAAAUGCCUGUUUCAGGAGACGAGCGUCUUAUUAAAUCAUUGUGUGAAGGACACAGAACAAGAGAGCUCCUGAGCUCCUGGGUCUGUCGUUGUGACAUCUGAUUGGCCGACUGGCGGUACUGGUCAGGUUGCCUCCCACAGGGGAUGAGAUGCCAGCCUGGAUUCAAACCAAGGUUCCUGUUAUACAGCCUGGUGGCACAGGAGGGGUGGGGGAGAGGUUGGGUGCAUGAGUGGGUAUGAUAUUAAGCGGGAUGAUGAACAGAGUGAUGAAAGACCAGGGAGGACAGCGUAAGUCCGCAAGAGCAAUCGAAGGUCUCUAACUGGACAAACAAACGUUUAACAUUCCCCUGAAAACACUGAAGCGUUUUCAGUUGGAGGUGUGUACACUGUAGAACAUUUUUUAUCCCUUACAGGAUGGUUCUCAGGUUUUAGUAAAGUGACCUGACCUUAACCAGGCGGGAAUGGAGGCGACGGAGAUCGCCGUGGUUACGUGAGAGCAGGGGAUUCGCCUAGAUGCCUCCCGUGAAUCUGGGAGCGUGUUCAGUCGUAGCGUGUGCAGUGUUUACCGACGUGUGCUUUAGUCUGACGAGGACAUGUCAAGCAGAACACGGAAGAUGCCGUUACAGCAGGCUCGGCCUUCCGCCCUCUGGUGCCUGUAUUUUUUUUUUUCCUUUUUCAGAAGUAUAGCUUUAGUUCCCGUUGCCUGAAGUUGAGCUUAUGCUCUCUUCAAAGGAACCUGAAAUUCCACACUACACAAGUUGCCAGUAAACCCAGCGUGGAUCCCCGUUUGAAUGACAUGGGAAGCCAGAUGCAUGUGUGUGCGUGUCGUCAAACAACUUAGUAACAUAUGGGUGAUAUGGCAUCUCCUCUCAAAAUUAAAAAUCUGAAAAUAUUUUGCAAAUGCAAAUUUGUACAGUGUAAAUAUUGUGCUGAAAUAUUUAACUGUAGGUUUUCAUGUGGUAUAAAAUUAUGGUGGAAUAAAUACCCCUAAUAAUAAUAACAUAAAUAAUAAUUAUGAAUAAAUAAUUUGAUUGGAAAUGAGAAACGAUUAUCCCUUUUACCGGUAAUUAGUUUGAAAUGUGGGAUGUUCUGUUGCAAUAGAUCAUUCAAAUAUAACCCGACUUUUUUUAUACCCGAACAAGUUUUAUCUCUGAAAGCGAUUUUAAUGUAAUGUGAGUGGUAUUUUACUGAGAUCCUAAAAUCUAUUUUGUAUGUUUUCCAUAUUUUGUCAUUUAAUAUUCCCUAAGCUCCUGUAAUGGCAAUAUUUUCAAAUCACCGUGACCAAACUUUCAUACAUUGAUUUUUUUUUUAAAUGUCUGAAGCAGUAAAAAAAAAAUUUUGUGUGUGAUUUGUGUUUAUAUGAUUUUGAAAUUUUGAGUUUAUAGCCCUUUAAUACAUUCCAUAUUUAUGUUUGCCUAAUUAUAUAAUCAAGAAUUACAAAUAAUGAAAUUUUUCCACAGUUGACCAAAGAAAUGUAUAUAACGUUAAUUAAAAUGUUAGAACUGGGAGUGCAUCAUACGCUCUACACAGCAGGCCAUGAAGCGUGUCGUACCUUAAAGCGAAUGCAGGCCAGUGUGUGACUAAGUGCUCUUUUUGUGCUGUUCUUACUGGUGGUUGGAAUUGUGAUUAUGUUCUCAGGAAGCCCCUUAGUUGUCACUAAAUCUGCAGAGCAACACAAGCAGUCCUGAAUGCCUUAGGGGUCAGAGGGGGGUGUCACCAUUACGGGUCAGUCACAGGCACAGACGUGAGGGAAUCCCACAGUGAUGAUGUUUGGUAAACAUGCUGAUUUAGCCUCUAUUACUGUAAUUAAUGUAUUAGAUGCCGAACUUCAACAGUGACGAUGUGUUCAUCUGACAGCCCAACAAAAAUAUAGAGAAAAUUUACUUGUAUAAAAUUAUAUUUAAAUGUCGUGGUUAAAUUUGCAAUUUUUCACCUGGACACCUAGACUGCCAGAUAUCUAAGAGAUUUGACCUGUAUAUUUCGCCUGAGCAGCGGUUAGUUUGUGUGAACAAGAGACCGAGAUGUACCCCGAGAUGUACCCCGAGAUGUACCCCGAGAUGUACCCCGAGAUGUACCCCGAGAUGUACCGAAGAGGGACACUAGGAGUCUGGCGCCCCUGCUGGACACUAUUGGAAUACCAGAAACCCUGAAACGAUCGCAUGGCACCAAAAGAGACUUUGUUAGCGUGGAUGCCAGUGAGCCUCUAAUGUCAAUCCUAUUUAUUUCAUGUGUAUUUACUGCCUGAUCCUAAUCACAGUACUGAAGUCCAGUUUGUGCACUGGGCUUUGUUAGUGGCCGGUGAUUUGGCUUCCGCACUGAACUCUACCUCUGCACAGAGUUUUUGAAUUUUUUAGGAUUUAUAAAUUAAACAUUUUAAUGUCUUCUUAAAAUGGUGGUUUCCUGUGCUAACAUGAAAACAACUGCUGUAAACAUGGAUUUGGACGUUUUACGUUUGACCAUCGUAUAGUUAGCCUGAUGUCGUUUGUGUACUCUGAUCGUUGUUUUAACUUUCCCUAGUAAUACGUUAUUUUUCAUUGUAGCUUUUGUAAAGUUUCUUGGUUUGCCAAACACAGAGCAUUAUGUCAUAUUAUUGGAACUGAAUUUUAGUUUCUUUGUUUUUUUCCUGUAUAAUGGACCUGGUCCCAUGACUCCUGGGGAUUAGGUGUCAGCUGGCUUCAUGUCUUCUGUGGCUCAGAAAGAUAUUUUUUACUGACAGUCCCAUUUCAUAAACAAUAUUUAGAAAUGACCAGAAUAAAACAUUAAAACAUG